CAUGAUAAAGAGGCGUGCCUGUGUGCUCUGAAAGCUAGAUCUAGUAGCUAGCUAGCUAGCAACGCACCUCCUAAUACAAGAGUAAGAUGUGUGUGCUCAAUAGUUAAGAGCAAAGAAAUCAGUGUGUUGGUAAUGUCUGAAGAAGACGACAAGUGUUGUGACUGUGAGCACAAUGCAGGCUGCAUUUACUGCUGGGAUGACUCUGGAAACAAAUUUCCUCCAAUCAGAACUUUCUUCCUGAUUGGAUCGUUUCUAUUCUAUAUUUCUGACGUUGUACUAGAUAUUUGGGUUGCAUACGAGCACUACCUUUCUGCUCAGAAUGGAGACGAAGCUUCAAACUACUACUUUCAAGCUACACUCUUCUUUAUUCUUGUUCCGAUUGUGAUGAUUAACUUCCUCUCUUGGGGCCUGUACGCUUGGGGUUGGAUGACAUUUCGUAUCAGAAAAAUCAGAAACUAUUGCACAGUACAUGCAGUUCCGAUGCAUACAUAUCACCUUAUCAACUGGCCGUGGUAUCAUAGGUCAAAUUCGGUAAAGAGGCAGCAAAGCAGAGAUUGUAGUAACGACAUUGAAUUAGACGAGAUUACCUCUAUUCAAAGAGAAGAAUCUCCAAGAAGUCCUUCAGUAGACGGUGGCUCUCCCAGACACUUUUUUCCACAACUGAAAUACAGAACACACUCUCAAAAUGACUCUCAAUCCACUCCAAUGCUGGAAGAUACAGACACUGGUUUGGAGUUCUACCCACUUGACUUCCUCUUCACAAGUGAAUUUAUAGUUGUCACCAUCCUACACAUUUUGCAGUUGGGCUAUGUAUUCCGUGUUACUCGACUACUGUACAAACGCAAACAAGACAAGUACUCGUUCGAUCGCUAUAGGGAUCUGUCAUUUUUGAGAUUAAUGGAAGCCUUUCUGGAAUCUGCCCCACAAUUUGUUCUGCAGCUCUACAUUGCAACAGUGAAGACAGAGAUAAGAUUACUCUACAGCAUUAUCACUCCUCUCUCGUUGAUAGUUUCAGUGUGCUCACUCGCACUAGCUGUGGGGGAUUACAUAUCGGCCGCAAAAGACCUCAACUAUUAUGACCCCCCACCUAAUCACAAGAGAACGCCUCGACUCUCUUGGGCUGGCUACUUCAUUAUCAUAUUCUGGCACCUGUUUAUGAUAUCUGGUCGAGGUAUCACUUUGGCACUGUUUACUUUCACUUUCGGUAGGUAUCUGUUUUUGAUUAUUGGGAUACACUAUUUUGCGAUGGUUUACUGGAUGUAUUGGCAGAAUGCUGAUGUGUUUAUCAAAAGUUCCGAUGACUACUACUUGAGCUACUCAAACAGGAGCAGACGAGGUAGUGGUGUGAGGCACAAAAACCGAUUAAUUGACAGAAGAUCUCUGAGAUCAUGCUUAGACCCUCGAAACUCCCUCUGCAAAAACUAUGGCAUUGAGUUUAUUAUUGCCGCAUUUAAUUUGUUUUUCCACUUCAAAAUAAAAGACGGAAACAGCAUUCAAACAUUGGUUCCUUUCUAUGUUAUCACUUUUGUCGAGAAUACUUUAAUGAUACUGCUGUGGUACUUCUCACAAGACUUUGAGCAAAAAGUAUGGUAUUCUGAAGCUGCUAUUGUUACGGUGUUUGUUACUUUCCUCCUAGGUGUGGGUCUAGUGGUGGUGUAUUAUUUAUGGUUCCAGCCCAGUGAGCAGAAGGAGGUGGAACGUGAACCUGACCUUGAGCACCCAACCAUGACAUGCUCUCUCAAUCGAUUGUAUACGAGAAAUUGAGGAAGGAAGACAUUUUCACAAGAUUGUAUCGACAAUUCAUAGACAGGUAGUCACUUAUCAUUAAUUAGUCAUUUAUUUAGUACAUGUACGACAAAUAAUUUAUUCAUAAUUAUAACAUUAA